AGCCUCACCCAGCCUCCAGUAUCUGGUUGCAGUCUGUAGAGAAACCGAGCAGCCAGAAGCCACAAUGGCCCAGCUCGGGUCCUCACUGGGACUGCUGAUUCAGGCCAAUGUCUUCUCCUGCCUGGCUUUCUGCUACCUGCUCUUCACCCUGCUGGGAGGCGUGGUGUUCACCGUGGUGGAGGCUCCGCUGGAGAAGGAGCUGAGGGCCGAGGUGGAGCAGCUGCGGCGCUCCUUCCUGCAGGAGAACCCCUGUGUGGAGGAGCGCGAGCUGAGCGAGCUGCUGGGGAGAGCUCUCUCUGCUCGCCACAGCCGUGAAGCUGUUUUAACGGCUGACGCUGGUGAGAAGCACGACGACUUCAUCUCAUCGCUCUACUUUGUCAUCCUCACUCUGACCACCAUGGGUUCUGACUCUGACAGCCCUAAAUCCGAUGAGGCCAAGCUUUUCUUUAUCUUCUAUUGCUCCCUGGGGAUCCCCUCCACCCUGUUCCUCCUCUCAGUCCUCUCCAACCUCCUCCUCCCUGUUGUCACCCACUCCCCUGUCCACCACCUGCAGACUUACUGGGGCUUACCCUACAGCCGUGCUGCCCUCGUCCACGCCAGUGUCCUCUCUGUGCUCGUCCUCCUCCUCCUCUUCUUCCUCCCUGCCCUCGUGGUCUGUACGGUGGAGCCAGACUGGAGUUUCCUGGAUGCUUUUUUUUCCUGCUUUGUCAUCCUGAGCACCAUUGGUGAGGGAGGAAAGUCUCUGGGGGAGAGCUGGGGGCCGCUGGCCAAGGACACACUCAAACUCCUCACCACAUGGUAUCUGCUGGUGGGCCUGGUGGUGAUCAUUACCCUCAAGGACACUGUCCUGCAGGUUCCCCGGGUCCGCGCGGUGAUGAGGCUCUUCUCUGGUUUGCAGCAUACAGAGCUGGAAGGUGUCCAUCUCGGUGAAUUGACAUUAAGUGAAGACAACUGUGAGGAGGAGCCCCAGUACUCCCAGUCCAUCUGUACUAUCUCCUCCACUCCGUUACAGCUGAUGAGCCCGUGUCCAGACUUUCAGGGACCCAGAACCUCAACUCUCAAAAGCACCUGACUUUCACACAUAAUAAUGUCUACAUGAUAUCAGCGCCUGACUCUAACAACUCCAAUGUUACAAUAUUUAAAGACUUGAUGCUCUCCUCUUAUAUCAUUAUUUAAUAUUUAUUAAAGUCUGUGCGGUCAAAUGUUUUCCACCAUACAAGUGGAAGAUGACUUCUGAAUUUCAGUUUUACCUUCAUCAGUCUUCCACUAACAAACUGUAGCUCAUGUUGGUAAAUUGGCACCAUUAAAAUGAGCUGAAUUAACAACAAGGAGUUCCUCAUACAUUCAUGGAUGUUGAAGUAUCACUGGAUUACUGUGAUACUGAAGAAAACUUAAAAUCAGGAUAAUUGUUUGUCAAGUUCUGCAGGAGCUUUUUAAAAUGGUAAAGGUUUUGUAUCUUUACAGUACAGCUUUGCCAGUCACCCAUUCACACACACAUUACAGUGCAUCUAUGUGCAGCCCUUUCUCUCUCACACAUCGCUCACACACUGCUAACAGCCGUCAGGGGCAACUUGGAGCUCCGUAUAUUACCUAAGGACAAUUAAACAUGCAGACUGGGACAGACUGGGACAAAACCACUGUCUUGUUAGUGGACGACCCGCUGUGCCUCCUGAGUCAAGUAUCUGUUUUUUUCUCGGAUUCUGUUGCUGAUUUAUGAAUUUGUAUUCAUGAUCAAAAUAGAUGAGGAUGAUCCUUGAAAACUGUAAGUCAUACUAAA